GAUUUAAUUAAUCUCAUGUUAACAUUUUGAAAAAAAACACAGUGAAAACAACAAACAACAAUUUAAUUGGUAAACGUUUAUAAAUAGGGAAUAAUGAGCGAAACACAAUUAUUGAAUUCUACGAAUGAUACCAGUCCUGACUUCACAUCUUCACAUAUAAGCACAAGCUGGUCACACUUGCCUGUUAAAUUUACUUGCUGUGAUGCAGAUCAAGAAGAGUUAGAUGAUUCAUCGUUUCCUGUUGAAGGAGCUAGCGGUGAUGGAUUUUCUCAGCAUGUACGCAAUCAGUUUGGAAGUGAUACCAGUGAACCAUUAAGUGCAUCAAGUCCACUUGGUUUAGAUGGUGUCAAAAGUAAUUUGAGGAAUUCACUUGCAUCUAUACCGAAUCAUCUAUCUGUAGAAUACAGUAAUAAUCGACAGUCGUCUAAUAGUACUAAGUCCGUAUCUCCAGAUUGUAGUACAACUAGUUUACUGCGUACCUCAAAAACAAGUUCAUCUGUGCUGACAAUGAUGAACACCAGUAAACAGCAUAAUAAUAAUACAAAUGUCAGCGAUGAUAGUGGUGUUAUCGAUAAAAUUCCAUCACUCGGUGUAAGAUCAAAUUCUAAUCUAACUAUUUCAUCAUGGUCAACAGUACAAAGUCGUCAUACUGGCAAAUCAAGUCCUACACAAUUAUCUGCAUUAUCUAAUCAAAAUGUUUUCAAAUCAAGUACUCGAGCUUCAUCAAGACGUCUUGCAAGUUUAUAUAAUACUAUCUGA